AUGCUGGUUGACAUGCUCUCCACCCACCGCACCAUCAUCUGGAUGGCCUGUGCCAGCCAGAUGUUUUUCUCCUUCACAUUCGGCUUCACCCACUCCUUCCUGCUCAAGAUCAUGAGCUACGACCGCUACGUGGCCAUCUGCCACCCCCUGCACUACAAUGUGCUCAUGAGCCCCCGUGGCUGUGCCCGCCUGGUGUCCUGGUCCUGGGCCAGUGGCUCAGUCAUAGGGAUGAUGUCGACCCUGAUAGUUUUUCACCUCACCUUCUGUGGGUCUAAUGUGAUCCACCAUUUUCUAUGCCAUGUGUUUUCCCUCUUGAAAUUGGCCUGUGGGAAAGAAACAUCCUCCGUCACCUUGGGUGUGAUCCUGGUGUGUGUCUCAGCUCUGAUGGGCUGUUUAUUCCUCAUCGUCCUCUCCUAUGUCUUCAUCGUGGCCGCCAUAUUGCGGAUCCCCUCUGCUGAGGGCAGGCACAAGACCUUCUCCACAUGUGUGUCCCACCUCACGGUGGUCAUUGUGCACUACGGCUUUGCCUCCAUUAUCUACCUCAAGCCCAAGGGCCCCCAUUCUAUGGACAGUAACACCCUGAUGGCCACCACCUAUACAGUCUUCACCCCCUUUCUCAGCCCGAUCAUUUUCAGCCUCAGGAAUAAGAAGCUCAAGAACGCCAUAAUGAGAAGUUUCCAUAGAAAAUUCAGUCCCUUAAGCUACUGUUGGCCAGUUUAG